AAAUGGGGGUUAGGAUUCGCGCGACGAGAAUACACGCCCACAUACCGGGGCUACCCCUUCCCCCUAGGCUUGCGCAAAUGGGGGUUAGGAUUCGCGCGACGAGAAUACACGCCCACAUACCGGGGCUUCGACUCAUUCGUGGGCUUCUGGACGCACACGAAAUACAACUACAAUCACACGAGUUGUGAGUUUUAUCGCCACUUUAUAUGCGGCGACGACUCGCGACACAACACAGACUUCACCGCAAACGGAACCGGCGUCUACUCGACACACCAUUUCACCGACCGGUCCCUUCAUCUUAUCGACACCCACAGCACUCUGCAACCACUGUUCCUAUACGUGUCCUAUCAAGUGAUACAUCACUCGCUCCUGUAUCUAAUGGAGGCGCCGCCACCGCACGAGUUCCCGGAUAUGUUCGGCCACAUCGAGUCAGACCAACGGAAAACAGUCGCGCGAAUGAUAUACUCUAUCGACCAGUCGAUCGGCGCGGUUUCGAGCGGUUACACUAUCGCCAAAUGCUUGAUAAUAGUAUCCUGGUGUUCGUCAGCGAUAAUAGUGGCCGUAGCACUGGUACGCAUACAGUAUACGCCCACCAAUACCACUACUGGGAAACACUUCAACAUCAGAACACCGGCACUCAUAUGGAGUCCAUUGCUAACCAAAAGUGGUUACGUCUCGGACGCCAUCGUCGACGUCACGGAUCUGUUUCCAACAGUUUUGGAGGCCAUCGACGGCACCGACAGUUUUGCCGACGAGCGCGACAUUUAUGGUACGAACCGUCGGUCUCAAUGGGGCGCACUGUCCAACAACGACCGCCCGAUGCGAUGGGAACUCAUCUAUAACGUCGACCCGGUGUACAACGUGUCGGCCAUUCGUUGGCACGACUGGAAACUCAUGCAAAACUCGCCGUUCGCUCUGACCGCCUACCGGUCGGCGCCGGUGGCCUAUUCAGCUAACGCCUCAACUAAGGGCCAGUGGUUCAAAACGCGGCAGACUAUGGAUCGCGUGUCGUGUAAGUCAUACGACGUGUUGUCUCGAAUGAAUAGAGCGCCCGAUUAUGAGGCGCUCAGCGAUGUGGUGGUGGAGUGCGGGCGGCCGACGCCCGUCGCUACAGACGACGCGAAUGACUGUCCAAUAGGACAGUUGUGUUUGUAUAACCUUCGGUACGAUCCGUGCAAACACCAUAACCUUAUCAACGAAACGGACCCCGAAUUCGUGCAAUUCUUGUGGAAUAAAUUGGUCACAUUUAACGGGACAUCAGUGCCGCCCCUGUCGCUCGAGCAACUCGAUCCUAGAGCCGACCCGAGCCUUCAUAAUAACCGGUGGAUUAAUUGGUUGGACACCGGGGAACAGGCAGAUCAGGUGGACGGGAGUGUUGCCAACAAAGUGGAACUAUGA